UAACCUACGGGUUCAAUGCUGCCUCCUUGUGGUGUCUCUGUAGUACUAACCGCGGGCGGUAGGAUACUGGUCUACGCCAGAGAUUUUGCUGACAACCGGAAGUUGGUCAGUAAAGCUUUCCCUUUACCUCCUUCUGGUCACACAGGGGUACAUUGAUUUCGCUGCCGUUUUCACAGUCGUGUGUUUUUUUUUGUUUUUAUAAAUAUAAAAUGUCGAAGCUAGAUAUGUUAAAUUCAUAUUUGUCGGAACGCUUGGCUGUAGCCGUCCGGGAAAUUUUAGAAGCUGUGGAAGCCACGGUAACGCAAUACCAACAAGAGACCGCCCAGACACGGAUUGAAAACGAAACCCUCAAACAGCAGCUACGGGAUGUUUUACGUGUAGCUGAGACUGCCGUGCGAGAGCCAGUCCACAAUGUCUCUAAGUCUGACUCAGAAGAAAUGUCUCCCUGUGGCGAACAGGAGUGGAGCUGUAUCCUGCAGGCAGAACCUCAAGCACCAGAGCAGGGCCCGGGACAGAACGAAGGCUUACUAAGUGAGGGGAGGCCUGAUGUACUAGACAUGGCAUCGGUUUGCAAGGAAGAGUCAGAUUCGGAGGUGGUAACUGCAAAAGUGGGCUCCCGCACAGAGUCCCACCCUUCUGUAGACACUCAAGACCACAUCUCACAGCGAGGCAUGGUCAUGUCCUUACCGGUUGUGAGACUGCAUAGGGUCAAGGUUGAACCAGAGGAGACUGAAAUCACAGUUUCGUUGCUGGAUCCUGACCUUCCCACAGAUGCCGUCCUGUCCUACAGCCCCAGAAGCACCCAGAGUACGCUCAAUCCCAGUGGAGGACCCCCACUUACGGACACGACAGACAGAGGUGCGGCCCGCGCCACGGCUCCCCCUCCCCCACCGCUGCGUCUGGAGAAGGCACCCAAGGAGGUCCGCAAUGAAGUGUCAUACGAGUGCCCGCACUGCAGGAAGUCCUUCCAGGACCUGCGUAAGCUGCACACGCACCAGCAGGCCCACGAGCGGACGUUUGGCUGCAACUGGUGCAGCAAAGCCUUCUGCCAGUCGGCUGACCUGAGGCGGCACAUGCGCACGCACACAGGCGAGCGGCCUUACUGCUGCACGUGGUGCUCCAAGAGCUUCAGCCAACGCAGCAACCUGCGACGGCACGUUCGUAUCCACACGGGCGAGCGGCCGUACAAGUGCCCCCGCUGCGAGUGCAGCUUCAGCGACGGGCACACACUGAAGAAGCACCAGCGCAAGCACGAGGAAGAGCGUCACUGCUGCUCCCUGUGCGAGCAGAGCUUCACGCUGGCCCGCUCCCUGCAGCUGCACCUCAUAAAGCAGCACCUGGUCGAGAAGGCGAACGCGUACGCGUGACGAAGAUGUCAGGCCUCAUCCACCCAUGUUUGUCUCAGAGGGCCUGUUACACUGGAGUUGCGCAUCAGGAAGAGCAACAUUAAAGCAUCUGAUUAUGCCUGGUUUAUGUGUGCUAGAACAAAGGAGUAAUCUGAGAAACACAAGGAUGCUUUGAACAGUAUGGUAACCAAACAAACAUGGACGGCAAGAUAGCCGAACAUGAACUAUGCAUAUUCGUUACUGAGUUAACUCGCUGAAAUACUGAAUUCUAAAAAUGAAGACGAUAUCUUUUUGUUGUUUUUUUAAGAGGUUUUUUCAACUAAAUGGCUUAUAUGCUACAAAAUAAAAGCUCCCAGUUUGACUGUGUGAUGGUGUGAGAAAGACACAGUAGCAGUACACUUCUGGUAAAGCUUCCUUUUUUAUGUAUGUAUUGACAUUUGGAUAUCUGAUCCUCAUGUCAAGUCUAUCAAUGGAUUAAUGUGAUUUAAUUUAACAGAUAAAAGAAAAGUAAUUGUUAUUUAUCUAUUUGCAAAAAUAAAUGAAAGUGUGGUUACAGUUAGAAAAACAACUGUACCUCUGGCUGGUGCUAUUCCCUGUUCUCAGUGUUUGGAAAGUCAGGCAUGCUGCAGUGACUGAAUUGAGUUAUUAGCGCUCCUAGACACAGAAGUCUCAACUAGUUGUUUUUUUUUCUCUCUGUAGCCAUCUGAGAGCUUUAUUGAUCUUGGUUAGCUUUGUCCCUCACAUUCAUGGUUAAACCCACACUAGACGAAGAUUCGUCUCUUCAUGUAAAGCAAACUUCUCUUUGAUGACAAUACACACUUUUCUGUCUUGUGAAAUUUUAUUGUGUGUGGUUUGUUUGUUUGUUUGAAUAAAUCAUACUAAAGUGUACAUUUUCACUUAUGUUGGAUGAUGUCAUUUUAAUCCAUUGAGAGCUCUGAAAGACAUCAGACAUCUGUGCAUCAAUAUACAUCUAAUAAAAUCAAACCAUUCUUCUGACAGAGUA